AUGCAGGGUGUUACAAAUAGAAGAUCGGUGGGUAUGGAUAGGGGACAAUGGCGAGAACUUUUCUAUCAAGAGUGUCAAACGAUUAUUCAAAGUUGGAGAAGCUAUGAUGGGCGUUUUAUCUUCAAAUGGGCAAAAGCGGUUAUGAAGAAAUGUAACAUUUUUGUGUGGCGAGCUGCUCUUGAUCGCUUACCUACGUACAAAGCACUUAGCUAUCGGAAUUUUAAUUUUGGAAAUACUCAUUGCGGUUUAUGUGAGGCAUGGGAGGAAACUAUAGACCAUCUACUUUGCUACUGCCAAUUUGCUUUGGAAGUUUGGGGUCUUAUAAGUAAUUGGUGUAAGGUUGAAAAUCUUAGCUUCUCUUCUGUGAAGGAAUUGAUCUUGGCAGCGGACAACAUGGGGCUCGGGAAAAAGUCGACCAAGGUGUGUAAAGGGAUUGUUUUUGUUAUGAGUUGGUGCCUUUGGAAAGCUAGAAACGAAAAGGUUUUUGAUUAA